AUGAAUCAUGCUGUAACUUCACCCCUCAAAAGGCUUCCCAAGCUGCACAGCAAGCAGAGUCAAAACCAGCCCUCCGAGAUGCAAUUCGCGAUUCCUACCAGGAAGGUGGCUGAUCAUUUGUUGAACCUUUAUUGGGACUAUGUCGAUAGUGCCUAUCCUUGGCUCGACAGACCUUCGAUUGAGGCUGCAUACGAGACACUAUGGACGAGGAAUGGGCAGCUUUCCAUGAAUGAGAGAGCGCUGCAUUGCAUUCUCAACCUCAUGUUUGCUACAUCUUGUGUGGCUUCUCAGGGACAACCGCCUCUUUCCCGGUACCAAUCAUCAGUCGAGUUCUUUGAAAGAGCCCAAGAGUUGAUGUCAUAUGAGCUCAUGGAUAUCUACAACUUUGAGAUUAUUCAAAUCCUUCUGCUCACCGCAGUGUAUCUUCAGCAUGACAAAAUGCCACAAAAAUGUUUUCGAAACAUCAGCACGGCGAUUCAUGUCGCACAAGAGCUUGGCUUACACAUUCCUGAGAAUAUUGAGAUGAUUGAAGACUUGCGAGAGCGAGACCUCGCUCGUCAGGUGUGGAAUGGUUGCGUUAUAAUGGACAGAAUUGCGUCUAUGACGUUUGGCUGCGAGCUCAAGGUACCGCAGUCAGUUGCAAAACAGGGAUUGAACUCUCUAUUGCGCAACACAGCAGCUACUAACGCAGAGGCCACGACUCUACCCUCGAAAGUCAACUUCUACAUAUCCUUCUGUCGACUUCACCACAUCAUAGGAGAUGUCUUGGAAACUUUUUAUAUUCACAAAGACCCAACAAGGUCGACCGACGCUAAUAGAGGCGUCGUUGGAACAAAAUUGGAGUCGAUACCAUUUGACAAAAUCGCAAGCUUGUCCAGGAUUGAAUCUGACCUGAAAGAUUGGACGGGAAACCUCCAUCCUUUCUUCAAGAUGCCAUCAGACUUUGAAGAUCCAACCCCAACAAAGCAUAUCACCCGUGAAGCAAAUGUUCUACGUGCCCGGUACCUUUCUGUCCGGCUUCUUCUGUUCCGACCCUUUCUUCUGCAGAUGAAUGAUCAAAAGGGGAACGCUGAGACAGAGCGCAGCUUAUACUCGGAUGAUCAAAUAAUGCAGCACGUCGUUUCGCAGUGCCAGAUCCAGUGCACAAAAGCCGCGGCGGACAUCAUUGAAUUUAUCACUCGAAAUUUACCCGGACAGACCGAAGCAUAUAUCCUACCGUCAAACUGGUAUACCGUCUCAUAUGUGUACAUGGCUGUUACCAUUCUCCUAGCGGCUCGAACUUGGAAACAGAUAGUAGAACAUUUUUCUGCAUCCCGGCUGAGAAGUCUUCUUUACCAGGCUCGUGAUAUUCUGAGGGACUAUGAAAGUCAUACAACAUUGGCGUCUAGGUGCAGUUCAGUGCUCAAAUUAAUUGAGGAUAAUGUUGAUAUACACGACAAUGGAACGGAACGUGGAGCUGGAGAAGUCUCGGAUGAUCCAGCCCGCGAGGGUCCAACAAUGCCGAGGGAAUUCAUGGAAAGACAGGAAGCUCGAAAGAGCUCACUAGAUCUAGCCUGGGUUGACAAUUACACGUUCGACUGGAAUGAGUGGCCGAUGUUCUUUGCACAGCUUGACUAG